GACUUUUCUCAUUAUUAUUUUUGACAGGCUAGGAACACGUAUUAGAGUUAAACAUGGUAAAGUGUAUUUUGCAUAAUAUGUGACCUUUAAGUUAGGGUUGGUGAAGCCAGAUGUUGAAGUUAUAUCCUGGUUAUGUUGAACUAGUACAGGUCGCAGGUCUUAAAUUGAUUAUGAAAUAAAAUCUCUAAACUAUAUAUUUUCUGAUUCAGUGCAUCAUGAAUUUUUUUUUCUUCAGCUUCUUGUGAACAGGAGCAAGAGGAAGAGGAGAAGGAGGGCAGAUAAAGCUCUGACAGGCAGUGAGAAGGUCAAAGUCAUCAACAUGAGGACAGGAAAGAAGGUUGGAAAUGCUUUCUGUCCGAUGUUGCAAGACCUGAGAGAAUAUCUGGAGGAGAAUGCUGAUAACGCUGUAGCACCCGAGUGGUCUGACGCUGUUAGAAACUCUGGCUUCCUGCCUGAGACCUUCUUCCACAGACUGCUGACCGAACACUCAGAGGUCCCCAAGAAGAGCCGACGCCGGCAUCACCAUCACCACCACCACCACCACACUCCAGAACCCACGUCCGAGGACCCCAACCUGGACGGAGUGGAAGAGGAGACUCUGGUCUCAGACGGAGCCUACAUGAUGGACGAGGAGGACCUAGAGGCCUCCCAUCACUUCCUCACCAGCCCAGACUUUGACGUUAAAAUGGAGGGUGGCGACAGCCUCUCCCAAGGUGACUAUGACAGCUCAGAUCAAGAGGCGCUAUGGACGAUGUCAUCCUGGCACAGAAAGACUCUGACUCCUCGUCAAGCUCCGAGGAUUGACUGA